AUGGCUCUCCGUGCGCUUCAUGCGCUUCGCGUGGUUCCCUUUGGUCAGGCAUGGAACAUGGCUGCGCAAGGCUGCCGUAGCUUCAGGAGUGCCAGUCAAACCCUGGAAUAUCCGGUGAAGGAUUGGGCUCGGGUUUCAUUCAUGCUGGACAAGGAGGUGACAGGCUCUAAUUUGGCCCGACUUUUCCCUGAGCCUGAGAGUUGGAAGUUGCCGACUGGCCAACCUUGCCUCUCAGAAGAGAGGCCGAAAGCACCCGAGCUCUGGGCCAUGAACAAGACAAACCGUCUGGCACGCAAAAAGAAGCGGAAGAGGAUGGGCGAGCGCAUCAGUCUGAGGAUGCGCUGA